AUGUGGACGCCUCGCAGUCUUGGAUUUGGCGAUUCAAAGGGCCAGGAGGACCAAGGAAUCUCAGUAUCUACCUUCCUUGCUUCGCUGGCAACUGGCGCUGUCGUUUUUGCCCUCGAAUCCCUCUUGUUCUUGGUCUUGAAAGGAAAUCUUCGCAGAAUAUAUCAACCUCGCACAUAUCUCGUGCCAGAUCGCGAACGAACUAAACCACCACCCCCUGGCUUAUUCGGUUGGGUCUUUUCUGUAUUUCAGACCUCCAACUCAGAAUUCAUCCAAAAAUGCGGCUUGGAUGCUUAUUUCUUCCUACGAUAUCUCCGCAUGCUUUUGAAAAUUUUCCUUCCACUCGGUCUAGUUAUUCUGCCAAUCUUGAUUCCCAUGAACAAGAUAGGAGGAAAGGACAAUAAUGUCAUCAGUCACAACAAUGACACAACAUGGAACAUAACUGGUUUAGAUCAACUUGCCUGGAGCAAUAUCACGCCCAACCAUACUGACCGAUACUGGGCACAUUUGGUGUUGGCCGUAUUGUCCAUUAUUUAUAUCUGUGCAGUAUUUUUCGAUGAGCUGCGUGGAUAUAUAAGGCUGCGGCAGGCGUACCUUACCUCGCCUCAACACAGACUAAGAGCCUCUGCUACAACUGUCCUUGUUACUGCAAUUCCUAAGGGGUGGUUGACGGUAGAGGCACUAACUAACUUAUACGAUGUAUUUCCCGGGGGGAUUCGAAAUAUUUGGAUUAACCGACAGCUGGAUGAGCUGAACGAGAAAGUCAAGCUAAGAGAUAAGCUUGCUCUAGCAUUGGAGGCCGCAGAAACUGAGUUGAUCAUGAAGUGCAAAAAGUCCCAAUUGAAAAAGGCUAAAGCGGAGGCCAAAAAGGCAGGAAAGAAAUCCAAAAAUGAAAGCAAGAAACAACAGGAGACAACGGACAAAAAGGCUGCUGAGCUAGCAAUGCAGGCUGGUAUCAGCUCGGGUGAUCCUCAUCAGAUUGCUCAUAAUGUACACGAAGCUUUAAACAUGGACCGCCAAAGUCUCAAUCCGGAACCGCAACAUCAUAAGAGGAAGUUUUUUGUUGGUGGCGGUAUCAACAAUGCUUUCAGCCACGGGACUAGCGCACUGGGUAAAACCUUCGCGGGAGGCUUUAGAAAUGUCAAGGAGGAGCUGGAGAGAACCCCUGGUUUGGCUGAUGACGAGCAGGUUUCUAUUUCCAGCAAAGAAGAUAACAAGAGGGAAAAUGAUUCCCUGGAUAUGUCUACUCGCCCUAGCCUCGAUAGUAAUAAGGGCUCUUUCAAAGGUGACUCGCAAUCACAGCAAAAACCAACCAACCAACAUGCUAGCGAAGAACAGAACUCGCGCCGCCCUGGCUGGAGGAGGAAGUCAUCAUCCAUCUCUCACCUAAGCCGUCGAAGUGACAAAGCUCUACCACAAGGCGAUGAAAUACCAUUGACUAGGAUUGAGUCUACAGAGCAACAGAAUAACCAAGAAUUUAACGACGUCGACGAUGGUGAUGUUUUGCGCAAAGCGAAAGAAGGCACGAAAGAAAGUGAGAAAAGAAGUCAAGAAUAUCCUCUCGCUUACAACGAAAACUAUAAAAAUGAGUGCGGAGAACCACUCUGGAAAAUGUAUAUCCGACAAAAGGAUCGCGAGACAAUGCGCCUCCCUAUUUUUGGGUUCAGUUGGAUGCCAUCUUUACCUCUAAUCGGCAAAAAGGUCGAUACUAUUGAUUACUGCCGGAAAGAAGUGGCACGGCUUAACGUAGAAAUUGAAAUCGAUCAACAGCACCCGGAGAAAUUCCCCUUGAUGAAUUCGGCUUUUAUCCAAUUCAACCAUCAGGUAGCAGCACAUAUGGCUUGUCAAGCCGUCAGUCACCACAUUCCAAAGCAAAUGGCUCCACGGGUGGUUGAGAUCUCACCAGACGAUGUUAUCUGGGACAACAUGUCCAUUAAAUGGUGGGAACGAUAUCUACGUACCGGUGGUAUAUUCAUUGUUGUCUGUGGCAUGGUUGCCGGCUGGGCUAUUCCAGUUGCCUUCACUGGAGUCCUAUCUCAGCUCUCGUACCUAGAAGGGAAAUUCUCAUGGCUUGCGUGGUUGUCUAAGUUGCCACACUGGCUAUUUUCAGCAGUGCAGGGUGUCCUGCCCCCGUUAUUCUUGUCUCUAUUAAUGGUGCUGCUUCCGUUGAUUCUCCGUUUCCUUUCCCAGACCCAGGGUCUGCAGACAGGCAUGUCUGUGGAAUUGAUGGUUUCCAAUUACUAUUUUGCAUUUCUCUUUGUUCAGCUAUUUCUUGUCGUGACUAUUUCAUCCAGUUUCUCCACGCUGGUUGAUUCAGUCACGGAUGUAACGGGCUGGCCUGAACUUCUCGCCGACAACAUUCCCAAAUCCAGCAACUACUUUUUCUCCUACAUGAUCCUUCGCGCCAUGUCUGUCAGUGCUGGUGCACUAGCCCAAGUCUGGAACUUGAUUAAAUGGUUUAUCCUUGGACCGAUGUUUGACAACACUGCAAGAAAUAAGUGGUCGCGAACUACCAAUCUACACCGAAUGAAAUGGGGAAGUUUCUUCCCUGUAUAUACCGUUCUCGCAUGCAUCGUCAUCGCUCCGCUUAUUGUAGUCUUUGUUAUUGCUACCUUUGCUCUCUUUUGGUUUGUGUAUCGCUAUAAUACGCUCUACGUCACGAAAUUCCGCUUCGACACUGGUGGACUCCUAUUUCCUAAAGCUAUCAACCAGCUUUUCACGGGGCUUUAUGUUAUGGAGCUGUGCUUGAUUGGCCUUUUCUUCCUUGUACGAGACGAGCACGACGCAGUGGCAUGUCAGGGACAAGCAAUCAUCAUGAUCGUUGUUUUGAUUCUCACUCUUGGCUAUCAAUACCUAUUGAACGAGGCAUUUUCCCCGCUCAUUCGCUACUUGCCAAUCACGCUAGAGGACGAUGCUGUCCGUAGAGACGAGGAAUUUGCGAGAGCUCAACAAAUCCGACACGGCUGGCAUAUUGAUGACGACGGCGGUGACACGAGUGAGCAACCCGAACAUGAGGAAGGCCACAGUUACGCAGAUAAAAAGGAGAUUGAACUGCAAAACAUCGGCCAGGAAGAAGGAGAAGAGAGAAACAAAGACAAAUUUUUGAAUGUAAUUGGUGGACUAGGCAAGCGAGCUGCGGCAAGGCCAGGCUCUUGGGCAGAUCGUUCACGAACACGGCGCUCCAAAUACUUCGGCACGAAUUCCGGCUACGACGUACCGAGCAUUCAAAAAUUGCGGCAGCAACUGGCGUACAAAGCUGAAGACGAAGAAACAAGAGGAACUGGAUCUAACGGGAUGGGGAGGUCUUUAUUCGCCGGUAUUCAUGAUGAAUUAGAGGAUCUCACCCCCGAUGAACGCGACCAACUUGUCCAACGGGCAUUCCAGCACGACGCUCUGAGAGCAAAGCGUCCUGUCAUAUGGAUCCCCCGCGAUGAUCUUGGAGUCAGUGAUGACGAGAUCUACUGCACCCAGCGAUUCAGCAAACAUGUAUGGAUCAGUAACGAAUAUCAAGCGCUGGAUGGGAAAUGUCGGACCAUUUUUAGUCGCAGUCCGCCUGACUUUUCGGAGGUUGACUUGAUUCAACUGUGA